CACAUGCUAACAACAUGCUAAUGCACAUCUGUGACCACCACUGAAAAUACCUAAGUACUGUGCAAGUUUAAGCACACUCAUCAUCACAAAGAACCAUAAAGAAGGGACAGGACCAUGUUGCGUCGCAAGCCCACCCGCUUGGAGCUCAAGAUGGAUGACACAGAGGAGUUUGAGAGCAUCAAGAAAGAGCUGGAGAACAGGAAGCGUCAGCGUGAGGAGGUGUCCUGCCCCUCGGGGGGCGGGGCGUCAGACGGGGAGCCCCACCCCUUGCGGGCCGACGUCAUCAAUGAGCGAAUAGGUUUCAAGCCGACGCCCAAGAUGGCCGCACCGCCCACCUUCUUUGGGAACUUGUAGAAAUAAGUGUACAUUUUAGGCGUUGAUUCUUUGCCAGCUAUUUCUGUAAAUAUUUUUUCUAAUAAAAUGAACUUCAGAACGAAAAAAUAA